GCUCUUUGUAUGACGUCACACUGGUGCAAUUGUUGAUUUUGAACUUAGCAAUUUAUUUGUGUGUUAUUUCUGCGAGAUUUUAAGCAGUUCAAAGCGAUUAUUUAAACUUUUACUAAAGCAAAAUGAAGUGUGCAGUGGCAAAUUGUGAUAGUGAAAACCAUAGGCAAGCGUGCGAUAUAAGCUUUUUUUCGUUUCCUACGGACGAAGCUCUCGCCAGAAAGUGGAUGCAGUUUUGCCGGCGAGGAAGUGCAGUAUUGAAUCCCAAAUCGAGCUACGUGUGCAUGAAGCACUUUUUUAGUGAAGAUAUAGAGAACAAUCGACAGUUCGAAAUGGGAUUUGCAAAAAAACGCCUUUUAAAGCGUGGUCCUGUGCCCAGCAUUUACUCAGAGGAUGGGGAAACCUCCCAGCGUGCCGAAAGUGUUCAGCGCGAGGAGUACAAACAGAUUGUCAGCGAGUUACUUCAGCAGAGUGAACCUGUCGCAGUCAAUGAAGCCGAGGCGAAUAACGGUGCCAACGUUGUUCCGAUUGACGAAAAUGUGGAGAAUAAGGAAAAUAACCUAGUGGAUGCAAAUCUUUCCGAAAUCCCCGCGACUUCAACACCUCGCAAAUUCUUCUACUACGACAGCAGUUUGGAGGAAGUUGAGGAGCUGGAAGCUAAACUAAAAAUACUUAAGCGAGAAAACAAGACUCUGUUAAUGGAGAACAAAAAGAAAGCAUGGAACUGGCGGCACUCUAGCAAGAGUACGGUAAGCAGAAAAAGAAGCAUGACUAUGAGGUGGAACAGCUAAAAAACGCUUGGAUGAAUACGUAAAUAUGUGUAAAAACAUGGAGAGCAAACUGCAGACCAUUUUGACGAAGGGUCAGGUUUCGAAACUGAAGCACGGCAUUAGGAAACCUACUUGGAGUCAAGAAGACAUCGCGAAUUCCAGCACGUUGUCCAGAAAACUGAAAAUGUCUGAUGUCGCUUCAUAUUAAUGUUCUUUUAAUGUACAAGUUCGUAACGAGAACUGUUCUUCAGUUCAUCCGCUUAACAUAAAGGCCCUUUUCAGCUUUACCUUCGAGAAUCCUUCGAUACCUGCAGCGUAACAUAUUUGGAAUGGGAGAAAGGCUUUUCAGUGAAUUGCACCAGCAACUCGAAUCGCUGCUGCAAGUUCUGUUUUAAUAUAUUCGCAUGUAUGUGAUAUUUUACUUUUAUUGUAUUGUAGAAUUCACAUUUUUGGAAAACGCGAUCUACAUCUGUGCCUCCGUCACUGUAUAUUAAACUUUUUAAUUUGCCCAUAUGAUCAAGCACCACCAAGUACUCCUUGCUCGAAUUGCCUCCUCUGCACACUGAACCAGGUCUUCAACAUUGAGUAUUCUGAAGGACACGCAACCAGCUCAGAGUUGGCUUGGCGCAGUGCGGCAUUUGCUUCGCUGCCAAUUGUCUGCAGCAAGUGCUCUGACCCACGCACUAAUUGCUCACCUUCAUCAAGGUACGCGUCGGAAGUUGUUUGAUUUGGCAUGAAUUCAAAAGCUAAAUCUGCAAUCAUUGGCGAUGACAUGCUGAAAAUCACGUCGCGGUAGUCAUAACCAAUGCGUGGUGUUGAUUCACAUAUUAUUUAGAAUACCUUUGAUAAUACUUUCCAAAGAUUUCAUCUUCGACUAACUCGUGGGAGCGUUGAUUCUGAAAUGGCAAACAUUUUUAACACAUGCAUUUGUCCCAACAUUAUUUUUCAUACUUACCCUAAAGACUAUAUGCACAACACCAUAACAACGCUUUCAUCUAUAAUUAAAGCUAAUAUAUAUCCUUAAUAUCUAUAAAUUUUCCCAUUUUAAUGUGUUAUGAAUACAUUUUUUCGUAUUGUGCAAAAUGCCUUCUUCUUCUUGCAUUCUUGUUCGCGUUUUGACAUCGCUCUCUCGCAGCUGCACCAGUAUGACGUCACUCAAAAAUUACGCUAAAAAAUCCUCUCUGAUCGGCGCAAUCUUGUAUUCUAUCAUUCUUGCUUUCCAGUGAGGUAUGUAUUGUCCAACCAUAGCAAUGUUUCUUAACAGAUAAUUAUCACUAAUUAUCACUAAUUUCUGCUGGAAAGCGUUUCUUAACCCAAAAAAACUAGCAGAAACUAGCAGCUCUCUCUCGUUCUUACGCUCUUCUUUUUUGACUCUCCUGCUAAUUUCUGCUGGUAAAAUGUUAACUAGCAGAAACUAGCAGCUGUCAAAAUGGAUAAACAAAGAUUCGCGCCAAAU